CACCUACAGAGAGCAACACCUCAUGUGAAAUGGGGGUCACAGAUAUGCGAGUGCAAGAGGAAGCUCAGCGUGCGUAGGAGUCAAACACUCUGCCUUUUAUUGGCACGCAGGAUUCACUGCCUCAGCAAAAGUGUGCCGGCACGAUGGCAGUCGCACAGCAGCUCCUCGUACCGUUGACCCUUCUUUUGACGUCCUGUAGCGCGUGGGCCACCGAUGGUAAAAGCAGGAUUCUGAAAAUUAAGGAGGGAGCAUCAUUCACUGUGCGGUGCAUCUCAUCAGAGCAAGGCUUAAUGUCAAUGGAUCUGCUCCAGAGGUUGGAGGAGGAAACGCACGUUCUUCACUUCUAUGAGAAAACUAGGAAAGUGAGAUUGGCAAAGAACUACGAAGGCAGGGUGAAGGAGAAGGGAGAAAUGACCAAACUCUCCAUCACGCUCAUUAAUGCUACAGCCGAUGACUCCGGUAUCUACUCGUGUGUAUACAACAAGGUCAACGCAGGCACCCAAGAUAUAGAGAAGUUUCCAGGCAUGGAAGACACUCUGGUUGUAGUGAUGGGUGGUGUGAAUACUUGUCCACCUGCUGACCACACACUAAUGACACCCAGCCUUCUGAUAGCCAGCGCAAUCUCUGGCGGCUCAGUGUUCCUGCUGUGUGUCGCAGUCCUACUCAUCUGUCUCGUUCCCAGGGUGAAAAAAUUCUGCGCAAGAAAAAGCCACAGGAAGGCACCUGAUCUCAUCUAUGAAGACAUGGGAAGGAAGUGCUACACUCCUGGCUGACUAUACCCUGCUGGGCUGUCCAGUUUACUCCUCCGCUUCACUAAGAACGGUCAGAGAAGCAGAAGGAGGACUUCCCUCAGUGUCAAACUGUCCUGCUUUUGCAUAAAUGCAUGCACAGAAAAAAAAGACAUAUUUAAGUGCAACUCUUGCUUGUCAGGUAGAAAAAGUUGCGCCGUUAUACACGUACGAUUGUUUUUAUCGUCCUUUACAGUCAUGUUUUCCAAGAGAAGGUUCAUGUAAAACAUAACAACUCAAAAAUGUGGAGGAUGAAGAGGGAUGACUUGUUUCCUGUUUGGGGCUUUUUCAGUGGUUUUAUUGAUAAUAUGUGUUGUUUCUCGUCAGGCUCCCGCCUACAUAGCCGACACAAUGGUUUACUCUUUUGUACUUGAUUUUUAUACAUAUUUUUUACAGCUUUUUAUUUAUAGGUUUCAGCACUGGUGCACACUUAAAAAUGAAUAGGCAUGUAUAUGGAAAUGGAAGAUGACAUAUUUAAUAAAAUUCUAGGAACGCUGGAAAGGAUGUC